AUGUCGUGGCUCGGCCAGAGCCCGUUCAGCCCAUCCACGGAACCGGCCCGGGUCAACCCGCCUGACCCGGCUGGCGAAAAUGCAGACUUUAAAAGACAUCUUAAGAACUGGGCUGGAUCAAACGGGGCUGGAUCAAACGGCCCGUCUCCAGGUCCAGCCCGAUAUCUCUCUUCAACCUGUUCUGUUUCUUGUUCAAUGCGAAGAUCUUCGUAG